CAGCUAAUUAAUGGCGGAAUCCAGAAUUUAGCUUCAAAUGCGGCCCCAACACAAAUGCAUGCAGAAAGUAGGCAGCUGGUGGUUGGCUGCAGGAUAAAUCCAAUUUAAUUUCCUUAAUUUCUCCUCCCCAACUAACUAUCCAUCUUUUUAUCAACUGUUAGCUCGCAAACCGUUUCCAUAAAAACCCCAACGCCCAAUUUUCUUCAGCAACAUGACGCCCGCCGGAGCAUUCUCUGGUCUGUUCAUCCUGCUGGCGGUCUACUGCGCUGUCGACCCGUUCCGCCACUCCGCGAUUUCCGAUUUCCCUGAUUUCGAGUCGGUUAGGGUGGAGAUGCCGCCGUGGUCCGCACUGCCGAUUGAUAGGGACCGCGAGAAUUUGCUCCAGAAAUCGGAAAUUAGGUUUUUGAAUCAGGUGCAGGGGCCCGAGAGCAUCGCUUUCGACCCGAAGGGCCGCGGCCCGUACACCGGCGUUGCUGAUGGUAGGGUUGUUUUCUGGGAUGGGGAGAAGUGGAAUGACUUUGCUUACACUUCGGCUAAUCGGUCGGGCCUAUGUGAUCCGAAGCCGUCAGUGCUGGACUACGUGAAGAACGAACACAUCUGUGGCAGGCCUUUGGGGCUGAGAUUUGACAAGAAGAGUGGUGAUUUGUACAUUGCUGAUGCGUAUUUCGGGUUGAUGAAGGUUGUCCCCGAGGGUGGUUUGGCCACGUCUCUGACCACUGAGGCGGAAGGCGUUCCCCUGGGAUUUACGAAUGACGUAGAUGUUGAUGAUGAAGGGAACGUUUACUUUACUGAUAGCAGCACUAAGUACAGAAGAAGGAACUUCCUCCAGUUGGUUUUCUCUAGCGAGGAUAGUGGAAGGGUGCUGAAAUACAAUCCGGAAACAAAAGAAACCACUGUUCUUGUCCGGAACAUGCAGUUUCCAAAUGGCAUUUCCUUAAGUAAGGAUCGUUCGUAUUUCGUGUUCUGUGAAGCUUCAGUUGGGAGGUUAAUCAAAUACUGGUUGAAAGGCGAGAAGGCAGGGACAUGGGAGCCCUUUGCUGUGUUGCCCGGAUUCCCGGACAACGUACGGACAAACGAGAAGGGUGAGUUCUGGGUGGCAAUCCACUGCCGGAGAAGCAUAUACGCGCACAUCCUAGGUCUAUACCCAAAACUCCGGCAAGCCUGGCUGAAGCUUCCGAUCUCUGCGAAGUUCCAUUACCUGAUGCAGAUUGGAGGGCGGAUGCACGCGUUGGUGGCAAAGUACAGCGAAGACGGUAAGCUCGUGCAGAUUCUGGAGGAUAGAACGGGGAAAGUAGUGAAAGCAGUGAGUGAAGUGGAUGAGAGAGAUGGGAAGCUUUGGUUGGGGAGUGUGUUGAUGUCGUCUGUUGCAGUUUAUGAUUUGGAUUAGAUUCAUGUGUUGCUUCUUGUGUGUAAGAGAAUCUCAAUUACCUCGUUUAGUUUAUGGUUUGUGCCUCUCUUAGUGUCUUAUGCAGGAGAUGCGGCAUUUAGUUUACUCUUAUCCAUACAUAUAUAAAAACUGUAUAAAAGGCGAGUUUUAGCCUUAGUUUAGAAUAUUUAUUAAUUUUUAGGUA